AGGUGGUGCAUCCUGGGAGAAAACGAAACGUUCUGGAGAAGGGAGCGAGAGAGAGAGAAAAAAAAAUCAGAAAGUCAGGUUGACUGGAUAUCCAGACAUCCGCCACUUCUCACUGUCCGGAUUUUUUAGUACAUCCGUCGGCCUGCCGCUCGCUUUCACACAGCAAAGCACUGUAACGAGAGGCCCACAACUCUCAACAACCGCCCCGCUAGCGCGAGCACCUCAACUCCCAACGGCCGCCCCGCUGGCGCGAGGCAUGUGACGGCCAGCCCGGCCCCCCACGAGCGCAGCGCACUCGGGGUGAAAAAAAACCAUGGAGAGGAAUUACCCGGCCCCCAACUUCAGCGAUCCGCUGGCGCCCGGCGGACAAACGUGGCCGUACGAGCGGGCGGGCAGUGGCGUCAAGUCCAGUUUGAGCUAUGGAGCAGCACACCCAGAAACUGACCUCCUUCAUCGACCAGCUUAUGCAGCAUCUCACCAAUUGCCUGGCUAUACCACUACACAUCACCCCACAGGGCUAUCCAGUUUAUUUGAUGCAACCAUACAACAUUCUGGCAGUAGUGCAUCUGAAAGCUCAGUCAUGAACUUCCUUUCAGCUAUUGAAUCACGCACCCCUCCAGCUGGACCUGCUGCAGCCUCCCUGCUACCCCAGUUCAGAGCUCCUUCAUGGCAGACAGGUAUGCACUCUUCAACACCUUCUGAACUGUUCGUCACUGGAGCACUACAAGCUUCUGGAACAUUCCCACCAUCUGCUCUUGCAGCGUAUCAGCAUCCUCCUUCCUUUAGUAGUCGAAGUUUUACUGGUGCACAGCCCCUGACACUACAAGAUGUACCUUUCAGUCCUACGACAAAUGGACUUCUUUCUCCUCAUGAUCCCUUGCUUCAAAUCAAGUCUUCUCAAGCGGCUGUUCCUUCCCCUUUGACUUUUGACAGAAUUGGUAGUACUGUUUUAAGUACAAGCAUACCCCCAUCUUCAACAUACCGCUCUGCUCAAGAAUCUGCUCCUCAUCACUUACAACCACAAUUUAGUUUGUUGCCUUCAGCACUUGGACCAACUCAACAAGCCUCUCAAGCAUACGGCACAUCCGUUUUUUCUAGUUCAACUGCCUCCAUUGAAAGGGCACUUCAAAGAGAAUGUAGCGUUAUUAAGCAUCACCAGCGGCCUUCAAGCUCACACUCAGUACAGGUGCAAUUACCAAGUUCUCACCAUUCCUUACAAGGUUAUCUUACCAGUGGGAAUGAAGUUGAUUUUCAGGGAACUUCAAGGCAUGCAGGUUUGACAUGUAGUCCACUUGGAGACCAGUCUCAGGUGAGCAAUGAUGGAACACAGCAAAAGAACUCUGCUGUAACAGUUGAACAGUCACAGAGUUAUUCACCCACUGUUCAGUCUCUUGAUUAUUCUUCAAAAACUAAAACCUGUUCAUCAAGACCAGCUCACCGUUCUACAAAAACUUCCAAAUCUCAAAGUGCAACAGCUACCGGGCAAACACAGAGUUACUCCACACCUACACAAAAGCAAAGUUCAGUAAUAUCAAGCCAGUCACAAGUGUACUCUUCAGGACAGGCGUCAAAUCUAAUCAUGUCAAUUAGUCAGUCCCAGAACUAUACUUCAACACAGUCUCAGAGCCUGUCAGCUGUCAGUCACUCAGAGGUAUAUUCUUCCAGUCAACCUGAGAAGCUCUCUACUUUAAGCAAGUCACCAGCUUCUUAUUCUAGCCAGUCACAAAACCUAACACCUGUUAGUCAAGCACUCAGUUACUCUUCAGAUCAGCCGCAGGUAUUGCCUUCAGUUAGCCUCACUGAUGAUUAUUCUGGUCAGCCACAAAAUUUAUCUUCUAUUAGCCAAGCACACAACUAUCCUUCUGGGCAUUCUCAGGGUAUACCUGCUGUGAGUCAGUCACAAAGCAGCUAUUCUGUGCAAUCACAGGGUUUAUCAACUGUUAGUCUUUCGCAAAGUUAUACUUCUGGACAAUCUCUCACUUUGACAUCACAAACGCAAUCAUUACCAUUUUCUUCUUCUACUGGAGCACAGAAUUUAUCAUCUUCAAGUCCUACUCAGGACUUUAUGUCUAUGCAUUCUUCGCCAACCAGUCAACCACAAAGUGUUCAUUCACCGUCUCAGAAGUUCUUGUCAGGAGUACAUUCACCUACUUUCACUUCAUCUCAUUCACAGACCAUGAAGAGCACUCAGUCAUCCACAGACAUAAAGCAGUCAUAUAUUAAGAGGAAGUCUGAUUCAGACUUGUUUGUAUCAUCUAAGGAAGAUGAUGAAAGUUUCCCUAUUCAAGAUUUGUUACAGCAGCAGCCUUCUCUUGAGGCAUCCACUCCAGGUUUAACAGAAAGUAGAAUUGGGGAGGAGAAUGCUGUUUAUGCUGUCUCAAAAGCAGAUGACCGAUAUCUAUCUCAGAGUGUGAUCCGAAGUAAUUCUCGCCUAGAAGACCAGGUUGUUGCUCUCACUUUUCAGGGAUCAAAAACAGAUGAAAGAAAACAUGAACAUUUGAAGCAAUUUAGUGUGACCCAAUCCAUUGAAGCAAUGGUAACUCAUCAUGGUCAGUCAGUUGGCAGUAACAACAAUCUGAAAACGCAAGACAUGAAAAAGGUAGUUAAUUUAUCGCAGUCAUCGCAUAUUAUUAUGGGUUCUGAAGAAUUGAAGCAGCCUCAUUCUCUAUUACAUAAAGCACAGGAGGCUAGAGCACAAGCUCAUCAAGCACAAGUAAUUAAUUCUUCUCAGCAUUUGCAAACACACACGGUAUGCCAGACUCCACGGUUACAGCUCUCUGGUGCACAGGUACUCCUAGAUACAUCGCGUGAAAUGCCAUUGUCUUUAAUACAACCAUCAGUAGCACAGCAGCCCCAGUUACUACAGUCAGGCCUAGGUCAAUCCCAAGCGUCAGCACAGUCACAGCAAAUACAGGCUCAGUCUCAGGCAUCACAUCAUCAAUCACAGUUUCUUCAACUUGAGAGACACAUUGCCCAAGCCAAUACACCACAGUCUCAACAGCUUCUCCAACAAAACUCUGAAGCAAUGAAACUGAAUGGUACAGAAUCUUCAAAACCACUACAGCUAACAACAAAAGAUCAUUUUGACCCAUCACACAGGCAAGAUUCAAAAUCUCAGUUUGUUGGCCUUAGUUCUGUCUGUUUUUCAGAAUCUAUGUUGCUUGGUGUUGAGAGAAAUCUCUUCUCUGGUGUUGAAGAUGUGUUUACUGCAAAUGAAGGGUUUGCCAAGUCUGCUUGCAAUGAAUCCAGCAUUCAGUCAGUUGAAUGUGCUGAUCGUUCAAAAUCUGCAUUUCAGACUGCAUCUGGAAGGCAUGUUUCACCAAGUUUUCAUGCUUCUCAAACCGUACUGCCCAAUCAACAGAAUAUGCAUAAUUUGACGUUAAGCAAUAGUCAAAUUAAUUUGGAUCUAGAGGCAGUACCAUUAGAUAGUUCAGCUCAAUCUAAAACUUCAAGCCUUGAUCAACAAACCCUUGGAACUUCAGACCAGCACAUGCAGGUUGGGCUUACUGCAACAAAUAUGAAUUCCAUUCAGGAUUCCAAUGAUCAGGAGAUUGAAGGUCUUAAGAAACAAUUAGGUGCUAAUCCAGAAUCUGAAGAAGAGGAUAACGAUGACAUUCCUGAUGAUGGUGCCAUAAAUAAUGCUAAGGAUCCAGACUUCAUUCCUAGUGGUAGAAGUAACACAGAUGAGAGUGCUGUGUCAGAUAUUGAUUACAGUGUGGGUGAUGAAAUUACACAAGGAUCUAGUAACAAACGAAAAUUAAAAAGACCAGCAAAGCCUAAAUUGAAACUGGGUGUACAGAUAGAUGGAUGGUCUCACAGUUUGCCUGAAGAAGGAGGGAAUCUAGACUUGGCUACAGAUGGAAAUCAGAAGAAACAAAGAACAAAAGUACGAACAAAAGAAACUUUAGAUGAUGAACUUUUUAGCCAGAAACCAGUAAAACGAAGUGGGCUGGGUAAGCGCCUGAAUUCCAAAGAUGCAAACUCACCUCAUACAUCUAAUGAUAGUUAUUAUGAAUGUUACUACCAGCAAGAAAGGAUAAAUCAAAAGAUUAGAGAAGUUGAGGAAAAGCAACCAGAAGUUAAAAGUGGUUUCAUUGCUUCCUUUUUAGACUUUCUUAAAUCAGGACCUAAGCAGCAGUUUCCUGCACCUUCAAUACGCAUGGCACAUCGCAAUCGACGUCCAUCUGCCAAUACCAUUCAUAUUCCCCUUCUGCCAGUUUCAACACACCAAUCAGUGCCAACUGCCUUAAUAUCUACUGAAAGUGGUUCUACUAGUCCUUGCAAAAAAAUAGAUAAUGAUCUGAAGAAAAACCUGGAAACAUUACCUGCAUUUUCCUCAGAUGAGGAAGAUUCUGUUGGGAGGAACCAGGAUCUUCAGAAGAGUAUUUCCUCAGCACUUUCUGUUUUGGAUGAUCCUUCUAAUAAAAAAGAAAAAUUAAACACAAACGAGUUCAUCACUAAUGGGGAGAAGGAUUCCAACCCUUCUAUUUCUGCCAUUAUACAGCAGGAAAAGGUUGCAAAUCCUUCUCCCCCUUUAAAAGAGGAAGUGCAGGAGCCAACUGUAGCUCUAGAAUCUCCCAAGCCAAAUGAACAAGAUGACCUGAAUUCUACAGAGCGAGCUGCCAAACAAGAAUUACUUGCUGUAGAAGGUUCAACAGAUGAAGAUGAUAUAGAAAGUGGAGGAGAGGGCAUGUACAGGGAGCGAGAUGAAUUUGUUGUAAAGAUAGAGGACAUUAAUGCUCUUAAGGUGGCCUUACAAACAGGUAGAGAACCUCCUGCUAUAUGGAAGGUACAAAAAGCUUUGUUGCAAAAAUUUAUGCCUGAAGUAAAAGAUGGACGGAGACAAUUUUCUGCAACCAAUAGUUAUCUUGGAUACUUUGGAGAUGCAAAAAACAAAUAUAAACGGGUGUAUGUGAAAUUUAUUGAAAAUGUAAACAAGAAGGAUUACGUUAGAGUUUGUUCCAAAAAGCCACAAAACAGGCCAUUGCAAACUUUAAGACAUCACCAAUCAAGAAUGGGUUCUAGUAAUAAAGUGUCUGUCAGCAAUUCUACAGCAUCUAAAAGCUCAACAGCAAAAUCUAAAGCUAGGCCAGUCAAACAAGUAAAGGGAAAGGCUGAACCACCACCGAAAAAACGAAAGAAAUGGCUAAAGGAGGAGUAUUCAUCUCAUUCGGACUCUUCUCUUGAAACUCGGAGUGAUGAUGAAGAUGAACGCCCUUUAACAACACCAUACGUAGCUCGCUUCCUGAAUACCAGGACAAUGAAGGAGACAUUUAAAAACUAUGUGGAACUACUCGUGAGUACAGCCUUGGAUCCAGACAUGAUUGAGGCAUCGGAGCAAAGUAAUGAUGAGAUGUAUUUGCCACACAUGAGGAAAAUUGAUAGCAUGCUGAAUGAGAACAAGAAAAGACUGAUUUCCAAGUUCCCACUGGAGUCAGCACUCAAGACUUCAAUGGAGAAUUUUCCUGAACUGACUACGUGUGUCUCGGGAGUAAAAAGCAGCAAUCCAAAUGUGCCCAAAAUUAAAUUGAGUGGUAAAAGUUACAAUAAGAAGACUCUCCAGCCAUUAAAACAAAAUGCCAAGGGCCAAAAGGAAUUCACUGUUGAUCAUGAAAAACUGCAGUGCUGUACUUUAUAUCACACACUUCAUCAUUAUAAGUACCAUACCUACCUGAUAUGCAAGAAAGAGGCUGCUUCCAUUCUAAAACGGAAUAAAGAUCUUGGCCAAGUUGAAACAAUCCAGCAGUGUAUGGAAAACGAGAAAUGGGUGGAAGAUCUCUUUGAAAAAUUUGGCGAUCUUCUGACACAAACACAGCAGAAGUGUUCAUAAUGUACAUAAUGAGAUUUUACAACAGUUUUAUCUGUGGCACUAACUAAAUAUCAUGGAGACAUUGAAAUGAACGGUUGCACCCCAGUGGUGCUCGGCUAGGCUUUGAAUAGUGGCAUUUGUGGGCUAUGUGGACCUUGUAUGUCGACCUAUAGCUACAUGGACAUGGUUGUCAAGGAAAUACAUUUUGGCUUUGGGAGUUUAUUAAUUAUUGUGUCUAACCACAUUUUUAUGAUGGCCAAUAUUUUUGGGUUUUUUUGUAUUCUGUGAUCUUGAGGUAUUGAGUAACAUCUAUUUCCAAAAAAGAACAAUUUUUAAUAAAAGUUUUGUGACUGAUCAAAACGGCAAGGCAUGCACUAAAUAUAUUAUGAUUUUCUUUACUACCGUAGAUUAAACACUUUAGGAAAUUGUUUUGUUCAGUAAGAAAUGCUUUAAAUUGAUUACCUGCCUCUUACUGACCUCCAAGACACAGAGGCAACCAUAUAUCUUUCUAAUGUCUACCUACCAAAUUUCCACAUCAUAAAGUUGGUGUGCCAUGACAUUCUUUCAAGUUACCGUCAGCAAACACGUAAUUUUUGUUACUCUACAGACUCCUUUUAUGUUCAGAAAUAGCAAGUUCAGGAAACUGAACGUGGAGUUGGUGCAAUUCAAAGACUUUGUGUCAGUUCUGGUGAUGAAAACGUGAUCAACACCUCUAUUUUCCCUGUUUUUGAAGAAAAAAAUUAUUUUGCCUUUAUACCCAUAUUUCUUUAAAAUAAAUUGUACAUUUUAUCUCAUCAAUAAUUGUAUUUUUCAGAGAAAAUAUUGUGGUUUGAAUUAUGUUCAUUUAUCUGUGUAAUACACUUUGCAUUGUUUCCAGUAAAUUUUCAUUUACAUGUUGAUCACAUUGUAUACUUUAUAAUGAGGUAAACUACUAUUUCUUUUUUUCUGUUAAUACAAGAUUGCUUCAGUGUGUACCAGAUAUGCAUAUUGGACUAGUUUUGCCUUUUAAGUGUAGCUGUGUUACACAUUGCAAUUAUUUUCUGAUACAUGAAAAUAAAUUUCGUACUAAACCUAAAGCCAAAGAAGUUUAUAUUGCACCAGGAGAACUGUUCAACAAUUCAGCAAUAUAGACAGUACAUUUGUAAAUGUAGUUUAAUUCAACAUGGUUUUGACUGUUACUAUGAAUAAUAUUUUCUUGAAUAUUGCCACCCUGGUGGUUUUUCUUAUGCUCUGAUUGUUACUUACCAUUCUAUGCAUCAUGUUUUACUCUACCAAAUUAACCCUUAAAAUGACUACCAUUUUAAAAUUC